UUGAGCAGAUGAAGCUGCUGUGUGGAAGCGACAGUGCUGCUGAAGGGUGGAAUAAACACACACAGCUCGGUUGCUUUGCAUUUCCACUGUAAUGUCGGCUGCUUCCUGCGCGCAGAGGGACUUUCUGAAUCGUCUCCUCGCUGAACGGUGUAGCAGUCUCCAUGGCGACCAGCGCUGUUCCCGGGGACAACCUGCCCACCUAUAAGUUGGUGGUGGUGGGGGAUGGAGGCGUGGGCAAGAGUGCGCUCACCAUCCAGUUCUUUCAGAAGAUCUUCGUCCCAGACUACGAUCCCACAAUCGAGGACUCCUACCUCAAGCACACUGAGAUAGAUGGACAGUGGGCUAUUCUGGAUGUUCUGGAUACAGCAGGUCAAGAGGAGUUCAGUGCCAUGAGGGAACAGUACAUGCGGACUGGAGACGGCUUCCUCAUUGUCUUUUCAGUGACGGACAAAGCCAGCUUUGAGCAUGUGGACCGCUUUCAUCAGCUCAUCCUCAGAGUUAAAGAUAGGGAGUCGUUCCCCAUGGUCCUUGUCGCUAAUAAAGUAGAUCUGGUGCAUUUGAGGAAAAUCACGAGUGAACUGGGGAGAGAGAUGGCGAUGAAGCACAGUAUCACAUAUAUAGAAACAAGUGCAAAGGAUCCACCUAUGAAUGUUGACAAAGCAUUCCACGAGCUUGUGAGAGUGAUUCGGCAACAGAUUCCAGAGAGGGCGCAAAAGAAGAAGAAGAAAACAAAAUGGCGGGCAGACCGACCGUCAGGCUCGGCUCGACUUCAUUGUGUCCUACUCUGACUGUUUCUGUCUCUCUCCGGGGCACGUCAAAAACGCGAUGAUGGCUCGGACUGUUAAAACACACGUAAAACAUACAUACAUACACACACACACACACACAUAAACACACACACACACACACACACACACACACAUACAUACACACAUACACAUAAACAUGCACUGCCCCUCUGAUGUAAUACUACUGCACACAGGUUAAAAUACUAUAUAGCAGGGUUCUGGCCAGUUUCACUUUAGUCCAGCCAAUUCAGGAGACGAAUUCUUUUGAACUGUUUAGGUGAGUUCUACUUAACAAGCCUUGCUCUCACUGUCCAGUCAGUGUUGUGAGUGGUUAUAAAGUGUUCUAAAGGUCCAGUUGGUCCUUUCUUCUCUUGAAAAAACGUGUAUGAUGUUUUGUUCGUUUGCCAGUCGUCUAAUCUCUUAAACUGGCUGUUGAAUCCUUGGAAGAGGACAGUCCAGGAAACAAGCGCUGUUCGACUGCUGGCUCUCUCAGAGAACAACUAAAAGACAUUCCUAACGAGGCCUUGUUUUUGUACGCGUUUGUACCUCACGUCCGUCCCGUUAUUGUAAAGUAAUCCUUCAACAGCACAAGGAUUUGUUCGUGCGGAAUGUCGGAGCUUCUGCCUUUUGUGUGGAGAAGCGUAGAGACUUGUACUGGAAAAAAUCAGAAAGAUAAACACAUGGACUUGUUAUACAUACAGUACAUACAGAGGCAGAGUGACCAUCUCCAUUCAUUCCAAAAGCACUCAGCUGCUCUGGAGUGCAGCUUUCUGCAGAUGUCUCUGCUCUGUUCAAAGCCAUCUUGCUGAUUUCACUCUGAACUCAAUGGUCAUGGAGUUUACGUUAAUGGAGCUGUUGGAAAGUUGUUCCACACUUGGGAAUGCUUGGGAACCAAAUUACAAGUACCAGGCAGUUAGUCUUGGCUGAAAGACAAUGGUAUUGCCUUGCGUUAGCCUCAGCCAGCAGGGGAAUCAUUUAGCUACAAGCUAAAUAGCUAUUAUUCGCUGCUCAAAUCCACGUAAUGCAUGUCAGAAAUAACGACACAACAUCCAACUCAGUAUUCACUUUGCUAAAAAAAACAAAAAACAAAACAAUACAAGAAACGCUAGCUGUAGUCAACCAUUUGUAUUAAUAGCUUCUAAGGGAGGAAUAAAUGGAGGGGGAAAAAUGAUUCUGGUUGCACAGAUAGCUUUUUAUCAUCACUGACAAAUUAAAGGAACUUCAGAAUUCAGUCUUAAAUCAUCAAAACUAGCUAGAAUUUCAUUGUAUUUUAUAUAAAUAUCUGACACUUCUAUUGAGACAUCUGUUAAUUUUUUUUUUUUUUUUAAUCAACUGUAUUAAAGGAAAACUCCGUUGUAAAAUAGAUAUUGGGUGUAUUAAAAUAUGAUAAAAAGUACUUACCUCUGUUGAAUAGCCCACCUCCGCUCUCCCGCAGCUUUCUGAGAUCCAGUAUUUUGUGCACUUUGCCCAAACAGGCUUUAAAAUGAGUGAGACGGGGCAUAAUAUGCAUCAUAUCUGCCCCUGCAGAUAAAUCGCUUUUUCCACCGUUAUUCAGGCUCAAAGUAGCUCCACACUUCAUUGGUAGAAUAUGGAAAGCCCUGACAUUUAAAAUGAGACAUUUAGAACUUUAAAACUGCACAAGAAGUUUAUUAAAAAGGCACUGUGUACAUCCCAUAGCAUAGGCCAAUUGUGCUCUCAUGUUCCAAAUGUGCUCCAAAUUUGGUUGAUGAACAAACUGCUAAUGACACAUUGACUAGAAUACGUUCAUUCAUGAUUAAACUGUCCCAUAAAGGCAUGUUUUGACAACCUAUUUUGCAUGGAAUUAAUACAGCUUAUCUUUUCAAAAACGGAAUACUGACUGACUUAUACACUUUCCUUGACCUGAGGCAGGACCAACUCUCUCUUUCUAGUUUCAUUAUUCACAAAUAGACCCAUCAUAGGUCAGUUUCUCAGACAGGGAUUAGGCCUAGUUAUAGACUAUAUUUUGACUUCAAUAAUAAUAAAAAAAAAAUUAAAAUGCUGUAUAGUCCAAGACUAGAAUUUAAUCCCUGCCUCUAUGUUCAUAUUUAAUAUUUUACAUUCCAUAUCUAAUAUUCUCAAAAAGGUGUCCAGAUGAAACUGCAUUGAGCGUUUAAUAAGUAUCCCAUCGAAAGAAGCAGUGUAACACAGAUACCUUGUCAUUGCACAAGAACCUUACAGUUUUCUUUCUUACAAAAAGGAAAAUAAUUCACCGAUCAAGAACCUUGAUGUAUUUUAGUUUGUCUUAUAAGCAUCGUCACUUUAUGUUGGCUUGUAAAACUGUUUAAAAUUGUCUCUUGUGUUGACUAUGAAAAAAAGCCUUUUUUUCAAGUGUUUGAAUGUAAAAUUUGCUGAUUUAACCGCGUUUUGCUGUUCAAGCCGGAAGCGCUUAUCAUUACAGCGGUCGUUUCCUUUGUGAAGUUUACUGUACGUGAUGUGAGUGUAUACUGUUCUCUUCUAUUCUGCUCCAGGGACACAUUUUAUGUUGGGAAUAUUUUUGCUUAUUUCCCCCCGACUUUUAAAGUUUGAGGACAGAAUGUCAAUGCGCUGUAUUUGCAACCUCAUUAGAAAGUGCAAGAAAGAAAUGUGGCAUAUAGUUUGAAGUGGCAAUCGUUUUGCUACUGUUUUUGUAAAGUAAUUUAUUCUUAAUAAUUAUUUGUGUUCUGUUAUCAUAUUUGUAUUGCAAGUAUUAACUCCAACGUGGGCUAAGAAUUACUCCAAGAAAGAAGGGAAUUUUUGCAAAAGAAAUGUGAGAAUUUCUAAAACUAUAAAAUAAAAAAUAAAAAGGCUUUGUGAAAAGCUGCA